UAGGCGGCAGUGGGCGGCAAGAGGGCAAUGCGGCGGGGGAAACGGGGCAGGUCCCACCUCCUGUGCCCUCCCUGCCCUCCCACUGGCCAUAGCGGGGGGUCGGAGGCGGAACCCAAGUCGGGGGCGGAGCCCGGUGGCCCCGGGGCUGAGCCGGGCGGCGGGCCCAGUGGCUCGAGCUCGCGUGCGCGGCGGGGCCGGGGCGCGGGGCAGCUGGGGACCGCGAGGAGCCAGUCCCGGGGCAGGCGAGGCCAUGGACAGCCUGCGCCGGCGCUUCGAGCACUUUCUAGAACAGAGGAACUUUGCCACCGAAGCUCUCGGAGCGCUCGAAGCCAGGACCGGAGUCGAGAAGCGGUAUCUGGCCGCGGGAGCCGUCAGUGUGCUAACCCUGUAUCUUCUGUUCGGCUACGGGGCAUCUCUCCUCUGCAAUCUUAUCGGAUUUGUAUACCCCGCAUAUGCUUCUGCGCCUUCCUGUUGUUCUGCAUGAGCCCCGGGCCCUGGAACGGGGCGCUGCUGCUGUACCGGCGGGUCGUGCGUCCCCUCUUCCUAAAGCACCACGCGGCCGUGGACAGCGCCGUGAGUCGGCUCAGCGGUCAGGUCCUGGACGCGGCAGCCGGAAUCACCAGGGACGUGCUAAGGGCCCUGGCCCGCGGCCAGGCACUCGUCACCCCGGCAGUGGUGACUGAAGUCCCCCCUGCCCUGGAAGGCGACCCUCCUCCAAGCCUGAGUCCCCCACAGAAGAACAAGUGAAGAUGACCUCCAGCUCUAGCAUAGACACCCCAGCUGGUGAGAAGGGGCGCACCACCAGCUCCCAGCUGUCUGCAGCGGAGGACUCCACCACCUCCCCCACAAGGGCCCAGCCCAGCCACUCCAACCUGGUCAAGCCCGAGUCCCAUGUAGCCUUAGGCCAAGCCAAGUCUCUGACCAGGCCAGGCCCGGCAUUCCGGGGCCAGCUGGCUUCCCGCUCUGCCAUGGGCCGCCAGCCGCCCAGGAAGGCCCAGGGCCCAGCUCGGGGGCCAGGCAACACUAACCAGACUAAGCACCCUAACCUGGCCAGGUACCCUUACCUGGCCAGGCAGCCUAACCAGGCCAGGCAGCCUAACCAGGCCGGGAACUCUAACCAGGCCGGGAACUCUAACCAAGCCAGGAACUCUAACCAGGCCGGGAACUCUAACCAGGCCAGGAACUCUAACCAAGCCGGGAACUCUAACCAGGCUGGGAACUCUAACCAAGCCGGGAACUCUAACCAAGCCAGGAACUCUAACCAAGCCAGGAACUCUAACCAGGCCAGGCACUCUAGCCAAGCUG